CUAUGGACUACCUGACAAAGUGGCCAGAAGCCAAACCAUUGAAGCAAGUUAAAGCAAUUGAUGUUGCAAAAUUUUUGUUCAAAGAGAUCAUAUGCAGCACAACACACCAGAAAUCAUUCUUUAGUUUACAAGAUAGUGUUAAUACACUAGAACAGUGA